CGCUAGUUUGUGAAUGACAUCAUUUCUGUGAGAAGUGCGCUGGGAUACAAACAAGGGAGGCUGCUGCUCGCUAGCCCGCUAAUGCAAGUAGGUCAAUCCAUGUGCUGAGAUAUGAAAUCAAGGAUUUAAAAAUCUGAAAAGGAAAGCGGUGGUUGGAAUUACAUUUGUGAUGAGACGUAUAAAAUUACGCUUGCACUCUUCGCUGUCCAGGGUCCUGUCUUACGAGCGCAAGCCUGUCGACCAGCCUCACUUUUCCACCACCCUCACGUUAGGCUGUUUUUAGGGAAGGAAUCAUGGAGUUACGUGUUGGGAGUAAAUACCGUCUUGGGCGAAAGAUUGGAAGUGGCUCCUUUGGUGAUAUUUACUUGGGUGCAAAUAUCACAUCAGGAGAGGAGGUAGCCAUUAAACUGGAGAGUGUGAAGACUAAACAUCCACAAUUACAUAUUGAGAGCAAGUUCUAUAAGAUGAUGCAAGGUGGAGUGGGUAUUCCCUCGAUCAAAUGGUGUGGUGCUGAAGGGGACUAUAAUGUCAUGGUGAUGGAGCUCCUGGGUCCAAGCUUGGAGGAUCUGUUCAACUUCUGCUCAAGGAAAUUCACACUUAAAACUGUCCUGCUUCUGGCAGACCAGAUGAUUAGCCGAAUCGAGUACAUACACUCAAAAAACUUCAUUCAUAGAGACAUUAAACCUGAUAAUUUCCUGAUGGGGCUUGGCAAGAAGGGAAACCUGGUCUACAUCAUAGACUUUGGCUUGGCCAAGAAGUACCGUGAUGCCCGCACACAUCAGCACAUCCCGUAUCGUGAGAAUAAGAACCUGACUGGCACUGCCCGCUAUGCCUCCAUUAACACUCAUUUGGGCAUUGAGCAAUCUCGGCGGGAUGAUCUCGAGUCCCUUGGCUACGUUCUUAUGUACUUUAACUUGGGUUCUCUGCCCUGGCAAGGCCUCAAAGCGGCCACUAAAAGGCAGAAAUAUGAGCGAAUCAGUGAGAAAAAGAUGUCAACCCCAAUUGAGGUUCUUUGUAAGGGCUAUCCAUCUGAAUUUUCAACCUACAUGAACUUCUGCCGCUCACUCCGAUUUGAUGACAAGCCCGACUACUCCUAUCUGAGACAGCUGUUCAGGAACCUUUUCCACAGACAGGGAUUUUCAUACGACUAUGUGUUUGACUGGAACAUGCUGAAAUUUGGCUCCAGCAGGACAGCAGAGGAUAAAGAGAAGGAGCAGAGGGGCGAGGGAGAAGAGAGGGAUGAGAGGACCGGCGGUGGACCACCGGGUUCUGCGGCUCGUGCUUUACCCUCUGGCCCCAACCUCCCGGCCCCUAACAGGGUCCGCAACGGCCCAGACCCGGCCAGCUCAACGCCUGCCUCGCGUGUGCCGCAGUCUGGGAACGCAUCUCCAAGAGCAGGCCGAGGAGCUGAGCGGGAAAGGAGAGUGUGUUUACGGCUGCACCGCGGUGCUCCUGCCAAUGCCUCCCCUGACCUCCCUCUCCGUCAUGAUCAGAUCCGCAUCACUCCCCCACAGGUUUUCGUUCAUGUACUAGUUUUUCAUUUAAUUCCCUGAUAUUUUUGCUUAC